AGAGGCUGUGGCGGCCGGGCGCUGCCCUGCGGACCGUGGCGGCAAUGGCGCGGGAGCGGUGAAUGGCAGGGCGAUGUUAGGCCGCCGGCGGCCGCGGGCCGUAAGCUGCCGCCUGUCAGCGCUGCUGGAAGGGAGCUUCGUGACAGACAGCGGUUACCUAGCUGUGGCCUCAGCGUCACCAGAAAUCACAACACCACAAGCGGAGCGCUGCUGUCUUCUGCGUGCACUGAGGGAGAUUUCAUGUUUCUCACACCCUACCAGUAAGGACAUCUAUACUGCAGCAGGAGGUCUGGUUACAGUAUUGGUUGGCAUUCCUGAGAUACCUUGAAUCAAAUUAGCACAGUUUUCCCAUACCCAUCUCACUUCAACCCAGCUGAGCACAACCAGGAGAGCAAGUGUUUGGUACACACACAGGGACUCUAUGAUUAAGCACCGGGCUCAGAAAGCUCCCCCUGGGCAGCACAGUCACUGUGAGAGAUGUUUCAACCGGCACUGCCGUGCACCAGUUGAGCCCUCUGUCUCCUGUAUGGUGAUCAGCUGCCGCUUUCACUGCGGGGCCACCUUCCACAUGUGCAAGGAGGAGGAGCACCAAUUGCUCUGUCCCUUAGAGCAGGUCUCCUGCCUCAACUUAGCCUAUGGCUGCCCUUUUUCCAUGGCCCGCUUUAAGCUGGCGAAACACCUCCAGGUCUGUCCAGCCAGCGUUGUCUGCUGCUCGAUGGAGUGGAAUCGCUGGCCAAACGUGGAUUCAGACACAACCCUCCACAAGAACAUUAUGAAGGAGACCUUCAGCGAAGAGUAUCUGGACACAGCCUUGGCUCUCAGAGACCAGAAGAUACUUUUCAGGACUUUGAAAAUAGCCGACUUGUUUCCGGAGUGGAGGAAAAAAGAUGAAGUGCAAGAGCUGAUGGAUGAAGCCAUGGGUGGGGAAGAAGGUGCUGUGGGAGAAGUAGCCUGUGGUCCCCAAGAGGGUGACGACCAGUUGUCCGAGCUUAGCCAACGUGAACGUGAAGAUUUGGCAAAGGACAAAGAGGGAAUGGAUCUGGGGAGUUACAAAACCUGGGAGAAUAUUUUCAGCAAAGAGCUCCUGGCUUGCAAGGUAACAGGCUCAGCAGCCAGUGCAGAACAAAAGACGGAGGAGGCUUCCAAGAAAACAGUGUCAGCCCCUCGUGCUGCCAGCUCCACAGAGGAGGCAAAGGAAGUACCUGAUGGUGCAGAAGAGGCAAAGGACCAAAAGACUGAACAAGUAACACAGAAUAGAGAAAUGACAGGACUGGCUCCCUGGCAAGAAGGGGUCCUGGAGAGGCUGAAGAAGGAAGUUGGUGUAGGUGAUUACAACAUGUAUCUGGUACAUCAUGGGGGAAUGCUCAUCCGGUUUGGCCAGCUAGCUGCUUGCACUCCCAAAGAAAAAGACUUUGUCUAUGGGAACUUGGAAGCUCAGGAGGUGAAGACUGUCUACACCUUCAAAGUGCCAGUUAGUUACUGUGGCAAAAGAGCACGACUAGGAGAUGCACUGGGCCACAAGAUACCAACUUCAGACAAGUCGGUGGAUACCUCAGAAUUGGGAAUAAACCUAGAAGAGCUACCUAAGGCAAAUAUAGUUAAAGCCACACUACUGUGUGCACUGGAAAAAGAGUUGAAAGGCCAUGAGAUCUCUGAAGCAAGGGGUAUCGAUGGACUCUUUGUGGAUUUUGCCACACAGACAUACAGCUUUCCUCUGGAGCCCUUCUCCUCCAAUGCAGUUCUAGCAGAUAUUCUGGAUGAAGAAAGCCCACCAGAACUCCACGUGGAGCUCUACACUGAAAGCGUAACCAGAAGACACAACAAAAGCAGUUCAGCUUUCACAUUCACUUGCAGUCAUUUCUUCAGGAGGGACGAAUUCCCGUUCCACUUCAAGAAUGUGCACGCUGAUAUCCAGUCAUGUCUGGAUGGGUGGUUCCAGCAUCGCUGCCCACUGGCCUACCUGGGAUGUACUUUUGUUCAAAAUCACUUCCGCCCCGAUGGACUUAAGGCCAAGGUUAUAUACAGCCAGCCUCUCAAGACAUUUGCUAUUAAACCAGAGGUGGACACCCUCCUUGCUGAAUCAGGGAAGUCUAAUUCCACAGAGGCUAGUCAAGGGAGAAAUAAAGACUCACUUAGCAGCCUCCCAGUGGAAGUGCUCAAGUACAUUGCAGGGUUCCUGGACAGCUUCAGUUUAUCUCAGCUGUCGCAAGUGUCAGUGCUGAUGAGGGACAUCUGUGCCACCCUUCUUCAAGAGAGGGGAAUGGUCCUGCUGGUCUGGGAGAAAAAAAGAUAUUCCCAUGGCAGCACUUCAUGGAAAGCUCGCAAAAAGAUCUGGCAGUUCAGCAGCCUGUUCUCCAAAGUUAACAAAUGGCAGCGCAACGACGUCGCGUGCAUGUCAGAGCACCUGAAGAAUUGUCCCUUCUACCAAGUGGAGCACAAGAAGGACCCCGUGCUGCUGACAGGCAUGUGCGAAUCUCGAGAGCAAACUCAGAAGACUUUAGUUUCUACUUUCAAGCGUAGAGUCUGAACAACCUGCUUCCCCUCUGCCACACUCUUUUCAGGGCCCUUGAAAAGAAGAUUUGGGAAUUUGGGUGUAAAGAUUGUUGCUUCCAACUCUCCUUUGGGCGUACAAAACUGGCUUCUCCCCAGCUGCGUUUGAAACAUCCUGCAUCUUUUUUUUUUCCCCCCGCAUUAAUUUAACUGUUAAAACUUCAUCCACUGCUCACUGAUAUCAUGUGCUUUCUGUUUAUGUUUCUGUUCCUUGCUUAAUACAGCAUCCCGAAGAAAGCAAUAAGGAUCUUGUUUGAAAACAGCAUCUUCGCAGCCUUGAAGGCAGGCUGCUGCUCCUGUACCAUGUCCCUGAGAGAAGCAAGAGCACCUAGCUUGACUAGGUCCGAAACACCUUAGUUUUGGCUGGAAAGCCAAGUUCUAGGAGCACAGGUAGAUGCCCUCCUGCCUGGCAGACCUAGGGACUGCUAGUCUGUUCUGAGACGUGGGCAAAAGAAAAGGACCCCCCAGAAUUAAGUGAAUUAAUUAGAACUCCAGUGAGGACUCAGGAAUUCACUGUGCAGCCACAGACCAUCAUUUAGGACCUCGAUUCAGGCAAGAGUGCCUAGUUAGGCACAAGCCUACAGCUGAGCUCAUGGGAGCACUCAAUCCAAACCAAAGCAAGUAAACAUGCUCUUUGUUAGAAAUAACCAACUAGCAAACAGUUUGAGGGGCUCAAAUGACUUUUUAUAUUUUUCAGUUAACAACUUUCUCUGUUUUAUUUAAAAAUCCAUUAAAGCUAACAAAGAAUAUUUGAAGUAAUUUAUAGAAUGCCUUACCUACUCAGUUUUGCAGUUGUAAAUUGCAAAUUGUAAUUGUAAGCAACUGUAAACAAUAUGUCAAAUAAAUAUUAUUCUUUUCUGUAGAAGAAAAGACAUUCAGCAACCCAUUCAGUAACAGUACAGAUAAUGUUUGCUUCAGUUAAAUGGGCUGGAGUAUAAGAAUUUUUUCUUUUUUUACAGAGCAGGAGAGUGAUUAGGAUGUGGUUUAUUUUUUAAUAAAUACACUAAUUUAAAAACUGAAUGGGCUUAUUAAGGCAGCAGAUGAGAGAAAGCAGGCAUGCUACCAACAACGUCUGUCUUAUUACACUAUUUAAACCCAUUUCAGAGGCGCUAGUUAGAAAUGCCAUCGUUGUGGUGGUGGGUGGGAUUCUUCUGAAAUGGCCGUAAACCAAUUCGGCAGCUUACAGCCACUGCACAGCCACAGUGGUGCCAACUCAUGACCCUUUCUUUUUUAAGCUCGUAGCUAGAAGUGCGAGCUCGGGACAUGAGGUCUGGCUUUCAUCUCACCAUCUCAGGCAGGAGAACCUCACCAGGAGCUCGGGCAUCUGCUGGCCUGGACCACUGUUCUCCUCACCUGCGUUGGCGAGGUGAAAACUAGCCCAGGUGGACGGACACACGCCACACUUGCCACCCCUGGUCUCGGUGCAGAUCUGGGAUGAGACGGCUAUGCAAGAAGGAGCCCUCUCUUACUGAUAAAGGUUGCUGAUGAACCCGAGCUGACUUGGUAAUCGAAGGCAUGAAUUGUGUGGUGACCGAAACCAUGCCGAGUGCAGCUCGUCCUUGUCUACACUUGCAGCUUAAGUGGUCCCUGUAAGAUUUUUAACCAUAUGACAAUGUUUUUCUUCUCCAGACACAUGCCCUCAGGAGCAUAUCAUCUGACUUGUGGGGGACAGUGGAUUGGUCCCAGGAGCAGGAGUAGCAGCAGUUACUUUUUUUUUUUUUUUUAAUGCUAUUCUGUUUUCUGUCCCUAGAGAUCCUUUCUGGGAAGUCUCAUAAUGCUUUACACGUGAGAACAAACUUGUCCAUGCAGAUAUCCUGUGGAAACCACAACAAGUAGCAUCCCAGUAUUAUGCAGAGGAAACCGAAGCAAAUGAACGCAGGGAACCUAAACUGGGUCAGGAGCAGUUAAAGCUGGGUACUGAUCCUUCAUCCUGUGGCUUAAUCCACCGGGCAAAAACAAGCUGGCCAUCCCUCAAAGUUGCUUACAAAAGUUCACCUGUCCUUAAAACAUCCCAUAUAAGUUGCCCAAUAUUAUCACCUCUGUUUUACACAGGGAAGUUGACAGAGGUGAGAACAUACAGCCAGACUUCUUAGACUGGUCUCUACAUCAGCGCCUCAUCCUUUGCAUAUCAUGUACUUCAUUUUGAAAGAUGCUGAGCACCCAAAUGUAGCUGCAGACCAUGGUAUCUGCAAAUGUAUGUCCAAAAAUUAGGUGCUAGCAUCUAUGCUGGGUGCUUAAAAAUGGACUCACUCAAAAUUAUGGAUAAUUUGGGGAGGCAGAAAAAAAAAGAUGCUUAAAUAAUAGGGUCUCAGAGUAGUCAGUGCUCAAGGCUGGUGUAAGAGACCAUGAAAAAGUUGAACCUGUGAACCAUCUCUCACCUGAUCAGCCCCUUGGCCACUGUAAACUGGUGUAGCUGCCCUGAAAUUGUGGCUUAUGUUAGGUAUGAAUUGGGCUCGUUUUACCUUUAGUGCCAGUGUCACCAUCACCGCUGCUAUUCCACUUCUGGCUUCCUUCUGUCGAUGCCAGAGGAUUUUGUUCUUGUAUCUCCCUGCUCCUGGAGAUUGCAUGACUUCAGUUCCAGCCUUAUUACCACUGAUCCUGCUUCUUCCCUGUGCAGGAGGUGCCGGAGUCAGACUACAGGGAGGAUGCAACCUUUGCAAACGUGGUGGUUCAGAGUGCAGGUCGGAGAUAGGAACGUCGCAACCUCUACCUCUUGGGAUCGGACGGGGUGCAUAUACAACAUCUAGGAGAAGGGAUCCUUUUCCUUCUGUUACUGCUGGAGAGACACAGGCUGUUAAUUCACAGAGAGAGAGAGACAAAUUCACCCCUGUGAAUAUAUAGGUAUACUUUUGUAAACUGUAAAUUUGGUUAAGUAACCUUCAGCAUACACAGUGGAAGCUGAAAAUCCAGAGUCAUCUUCAGGUUAGUUUGGUUAACCUGACCCUGGAAGAGGGAAAGCUGUACAGGGAAGUGGAGAUCACCCUUAUGCCGGUGCUUACACACCUGGCAAAUGUCAGCUGGUAGCCACUACUUAAUCUUGCAUUUAACACUAGUGGAGAGCUGUGGGCUGGUGUCGGAUGCAGUUUAAUUAAUCAGAGGAUGCAUGCCAAGCUAGCUCAAUGUCGAUGGUUCUGCUCAUUAGCAGAGUCGGUGGAAGCUUUGGGGAGCUGCAAGGAACCGAAUUUGUCUGUCCUGAUUAUCUUGGUGAGCACAACACUGGCUUAUUUAAAAGCCAAGUGGCUUUGGUUUGGGUUGGGCAAGUCCUUAGGCUCCUAGUUUAAGCUUGUAACUUGACCGAUGGAAAGUUAAAACUCUUCCUAAAUUUGACCCCGUUUGUGCUGCCCACAAGUCUUGUGAAUGGCAAGAGCAAUACUCUGCACGCUCCAGGCUGACAUGUUUUGCGGCAUUUCCUCUUGUUGGAAGAAUGGGAACUGAAAUGAUGGCAUCUUGGAAGUCAGAGACGUCUGAGCAGGGCAAAAAGGCUCCAGACCAGAGGACAUAAAGACAGGAAACAGGAAAGGUAAUGGGUUUGGACAGAGGAGACCUGUCUGAUUGUAGGUGUCACUGGGGAGAGGCAAGUGGAGAAAGGUAAAAGGGCACGCAAAUGAAGGGAAGUGGGAUGUGGAAGAGGUGACGCGGCUACAAACGGUUUAGGAGGAAACGGUUCAAUUUGACAGACACUAAGAGGAUAGGAGUGACAUUUAGGAGAGUGGAGAUAUAAAACGAAUGGAGAAUUUCUUUUAUUUUACUUAGUUUCAACUGACAAAGUAAGAUAUUUGGAUGAGCCUGGUGAACUCAGUGAAACGCAGACUCUGUUUUGAAUUGCAAUUUAUACAGUGGACCUCCCUCUGUGGCAUAGCCUCUCUUCUGGGUUAGAGUAUUCAGCCAGCGAGUUGUUGACACGUGAGCUGAGAGCCCACAGUAAAAUCACAAAGAGUCACAGAUUUUGAUGUUCCUGUACGCUCAUCAUUUGCUGCCAACAACAGAAUUUCUGGAUAAAUGCUUCUUCUUGAGGAAGGGGCUGGAAAUUCCCAAUCAGUGUUAUAGAGUACCACGGGGCAGAUGAUAAUUCUUAAGGGGUGGAAGGGUAGGUCAUCUACUGACAGGUACUGUAACUCCAGGUUGGAGGGACAAAUUAUUUGCCAGGCCUCCAACUCCCAAAACUGAGUGAGCACAGAUAAGGUGAAGUUUAUCUGAGCUGUGUUUGUUAUUUUACAACACUCUGUAACUCCUUGUUGCUUUCUUAAGAAUAAAAAUUAUUAUGGUUUAAAAAAAUCCAACAAAA